AACAAAAUAAUAAAUGAUAUAAAAAUACUUAAAUUUAUUGGAUAAGGUGCCACAAGUAAAGUAAAAUUAUGUGUAAAUAUAAAAACUGGUAAAUACUAUGCAUUAAAAAAGUUUCACAAAACAAUUUUAAAAAAAAAAACGAAACUAGUGAAAGAUGAUUAAGGAAGUAAGUAAACAGAUAUAUAUUAAGAUAUAUAAAAAAAAUAAAAAAGAUCCAAAGUAUAAAUCUUUAUGGGAUAAUGUAGAGGAUGAAAUAUAAAUAAUGAAAUAGUUAAAUAAUAAUAAUGUUGUAAAGUUACACUAAAUAAUUGAUAACGACUAAAAGUCAAAAUUAUAUUUAGUAAUUGAUUAUUGUGAGCACGGAGAAUUACUUAAAUGGAAUGAAUAAAAGCUUGUUUUCACACAUCAAAAUCCUUUUAAUAAUGAAAAUGUUCAAUAUAUAAAAAAAGUAAUGUUAGGAGCAUGCAAAGGACUUGAUUAUUGUAAUAAAAUCCUUUAUUUAUAAAUUAUAAAAUAAAAAAAGUACAUAGUAAAAAUAUUAUACAUAGAGAUUUAAAACCCCAGAACUUACUAAUAGAUGGAAAUUCUGAACCUAAAAUUUGUGAUUUCGGUUCUGCAAAAUAACUUUAAAAUGAUAAGUAAAAGCUUAAGGGUACUGAAGGUACUUUUCAUUUUAUGCCCCCUGAAAGUCUUUCAGAAUCUAACUUAAAGAGUGGAUAUGAUGGAAAAAAAGCUGAUGUUUGGUCUUUAGGUAUUUGUUUUUAUUGUUUGGUAUAUUUGAAAUUACCUUAUUAUCAUGAUAAUAUAAUGCAAUUAUUUAAUAUGAUAUAA